GUGUGCUGCUGUGGCAAAAUCAUGUCGCAGUGCGAGUGCAUGUGCCGCGCGGAGUGCGGCAGCGCGUUCUUUGCGUGCGAGCCGUGCACCCCAAUGGACUUGAAGCUCUGCGAACCGUGUCGGUGCCUGGGCCUUGCCCCUGCGCAACGCGGAAGCGGCGGUUGCGGCGGCGAAGACGAACGCGACUCUGAGUGCGACCGCGACGACAGCGACGACUAUGACGACGGGUGCGGCACCGCGGUUAAAGGAGAAGGGCGCAGCAGCAGCGGCAGCCUUGCCCGCGACGUGGUAGAAGACGGCAUGCACGCAGACAUCGCUGACCACGAGGCCAUCGUAGACUCAGGUCGCUCAAAGGGCAUGGUCAGCAAGAAACGGUUAGAAAACUUCAAAACCUUGCUUCGGCAGGAGUACCCCGAGCUGUAC